CUCUCAUCCUCACGACAUCGUCACCCUUGUGCUUCCCCUGUACGAUCUCUUCACGAGCCAAUCCCUGCAUUCACGAACAUCUUUUGUCUUUUCCCCUUAUCCCACACACACCUCACUACUUAAUCAACAAUGGAGGACGAAGUCGCUGCUCUCGUCAUUGACAAUGGAUCCGGAAUGUGCAAGGCCGGAUUUGCCGGUGAUGACGCUCCCCGAGCCGUCUUCCCAUCGAUCGUCGGACGACCUCGUCACCAGGGUGUCAUGGUUGGAAUGGGUCAGAAGGACUCCUACGUCGGUGACGAGGCCCAGUCUAAGCGUGGUAUCCUCACCCUCAAGUACCCCAUUGAGCACGGUAUCGUGACCAACUGGGACGACAUGGAGAAGAUCUGGCACCACACCUUCUACAACGAGCUGCGUGUUGCCCCCGAGGAGCACCCAGUCCUGCUCACCGAGGCCCCCCUGAACCCCAAGGCCAACCGUGAGAAGAUGACACAGAUCAUGUUCGAGACCUUCAACACCCCCGCUUUCUACGUCGCCAUUCAGGCCGUCCUCUCGCUGUACGCUUCCGGACGUACCACUGGUAUCGUACUGGACUCGGGAGACGGUGUCACCCACACCGUGCCCAUCUACGAGGGUUACUCUCUGCCUCACGCCAUUCUGCGAUUGGACUUGGCUGGUCGUGAUCUGACUGAGCACCUGGUCAAGAUUCUGAUGGAGCGUGGAUACCCCUUCACCACCACUGCCGAGCGCGAAAUCGUCCGUGACAUCAAGGAGAAGCUGUGUUACGUUGCCCUGGACUUUGAGCAGGAGAUGCAGACUGCCAGCCAGUCGUCUGCUCUCGAGAAGAGCUACGAGCUGCCAGACGGACAGGUCAUCACCAUUGGUAACGAGCGAUUCCGUGCUCCUGAGGCUCUCUUCCAGCCUUCCUUCCUGGGUCUGGAAGCCAGCGGUAUCCACGAGACCACUUACAACUCGAUCAUGAAGUGUGACCUGGACAUCCGAAAGGACCUGUACGGCAACAUUGUCAUGUCCGGUGGUACAACCAUGUACGCCGGUAUCUCUGACCGUAUGCAGAAGGAGAUUACCGCCCUUGCACCUUCCUCGAUGAAGGUCAAGAUCGUCGCACCCCCCGAGCGAAAGUACUCGGUCUGGAUCGGUGGAUCUAUCCUGGCCUCGCUGUCGACCUUCCAGCAGAUGUGGAUCUCAAAGCAGGAGUACGACGAGUCUGGACCUUCGCUCGUGCACCGAAAGUGCUUCUAAACUGCCUCUUUUCGCUUCUCAUCUCCCACCGCGGCGUGGCGGCGGUAGGCUCGUUCAACCGGUCCUCGUCUAGUGGGAAGAAGGACGACAAUGGUGGAGCGGGAGCUGGAGUCAUAGAGGGUGUGUGUGUGUGCGUGAAAAUGCAAAGGGUGCAGUGAAUCAGACGAAUUGCGAAGGGGAAAAGGUCAGGCGAGGCUGAGCAAAGGUGGGGGGAAAAUUCUGGUCGAGGGGCCGUGUGCUGUUACUCUUCUUUGCCCCCCUCUGGCGUGGCCUGUCAAUGAUCCUUUACCCUCUCACCUAGCCUGCCAGCGAUAGUGCUACUGCUACUGAUUCUGCUUCUGCUUCUCUUUCUGCUUCUGCCUCUCC